AUGACAGAAGCGAGCCAGCAGGACGACGGCAGGAAGAGCAGCAGAGGAGCCGCGAAGCAGCCAGACAGAGACUAUCACUCAGACGUGGAGAACGUGGCGGAGGAACGUCAGAAGCAUGGGAGGGCCGUCGUCGAGCUCCUGCAGGAUCAGGAGCAGCUGGACGCGUCCGGCAGGAGGAAGCCGGUGUUGGUCCGGUCAAAGACCUUCGAUCACUCGCUGCUGACUCAGAUCCAGACCGACUCCGACUCCAAGAUGGAAAGGAAGAAGUCUCACUACAGCCAGCUUUCGAAGAGCAACUGCCAGUACCAUAAAAUAUUCAAGGAGAUCAGCAAAGAGGAGCAGCUCAGACAGAGUUACACCUGUGCUCUGCAGAAGGACAUCCUCUACCAGGGACGCAUGUUCGUCUCCGACCACUGGAUCUGCUUCCACUCCAAGGUGUUUGGCAAAGAUAUCAAGAUCGCCAUCCCAGUGGUGUCCGUCACCAACAUCAAGAAAACCAAAACCGCCAUCCUGGUGCCAAACGCUCUGGUGAUCGCCACCGCAAACGACAGGUACGUGUUCGUGUCGUUCCUGUCCAGAGACAACACCUACAAGUUCCUGAUGUCCGUCUGUCUUCACCUGGAGGAGAAGAGUCCGUGCAGCAGCCCAGUUCCUUCGUCGGCUGAAAACAGCUUCAGAGGUCAGAGGUCGCCGCUGUCGCCUCGCUUCCCUCUGAGCGAGUUCAGCCAUCUGGACGGACCGGUCCGACAGAGGAGGCAGGAGAUGGAGGAGAGCAGCAGCUCCGACUCCCCAGAGUACGACAAGAUAGCAGAGUUCCCCGUUCCUCCGUUCCUGGAUGUUUUAAAGCACCCGGACGGUUCGACGCCUCCUCAACAUCCGGAACACAAAGUGAAGAACCAGCAGCAUCAGAACCAGCAGCAUCAGAACCAGCAUCAGAACCAGCAGAGCUCCGACAACAAGCAGCACGCCGGUAAAAUGAACUCGGAGGUGAUGCUGGACAGCAGGACGCUGAAGCCGCUUUCUCUCAACACGCUGCUGCUCGUCUACAUGUUCCUAGUCUGCGUCCUGGUUCUGUCGUCGUGCUACUUGGCCUUUAAAAUCGUCUCUCUGGAGCAGAGGCUGACGACGCUCGGCUCCGUCGCCGAGUUCGUUCACCCGGAGAACGACUUCCUGGGCGGCAGCUCCGCCGUGAACACGGAGCUGUUCUCUGAGCUGCUGACCGUCAACCUGAUAAAGCUGGAAAAGGUGCAGAAGAACCUGCAGAGGCUGCUGGACGAAGCCACCUGAGGGCCAACGGG